CAAAACAAACACUAGUUUUUCUUCAGUGAAUAGUCAGCAGCAUGUAACUUAACUUAGAAGGUCUGGGAAGGUGUUAGCCAGACUGAAGCUAUGAGAAAAAACUUCCUAGGCACCUGCAAACGGCUGUCGUAUUGUAUAAUAGGUUUUUGCUGUAAUGAAAAUUGUCACUAAAGUGAGUAAGCAAGUAAUGUCAUUAGUUUGUUAAUUGAUUGAUUAAUACAAUUUUGAUUUGUUUUUUCUUUAUUCAAACUGUAGAUAAGAUGGAUGAAUAUGGUAUCACUAGUUUUGGAGUAUCUGUCACAACUCUAGAGGAAGUGUUCAUGAAGGUUGGAGAAGGAGCCGAGAAAACUGUGGAUGACUUAGCCAAGGAUCAUGAAGUUGCUAGUUAUGAGACUGAGCAGAUUGUUGAUGUACCUGGGGCUGAAGACAUGCAGAGUGGAGGACUGGAAACAGGCAUGAAACUGAAGUGGCACCAAUACAAAGCAAUGUUCAUAAAGAGGUUUUUGAACUCCAAACGCGACAAGAAAGCAAUCGUCACACAGCUUGUUCUUCCUCUUGUAAUGGUUCUCUUUGGUUUGUUGCUGAUAACAUCCAUUCCCACCAGAGACAAUGACCCCCCACGUGUCCUGAAGCUGUCCAACUUGAGCGUGGAUGACAUCUACACUAAAGCAUUCUUUGCAGAUUACAGAAACUUGAGUUCUGCUGAAAAGUCAGCAACCUUCAAGAAAGCCAACACGUAUCUUGAGGGCGUGAAAGUUAAUGUGGAUGACAUCACAUCUAAUGUUUACAAAAUCCGAGAUUACAACAGGAACAAUGGAAUUUUUGUUAGAAACAAAAAUUACACCACGGUUGAUGACAGUAGCGUAUCCUGCUGUAAUUAUGAGUAUUUUGUGCUCAAUGCCAAGUGCAGGCAAAUGUUUAUCAGCGAGGAUCUGUCACCGGACAACUGUACAGAUUACAACUUUGGUUACAAUGACUGUCCCAAAUGCAUCCAAGCUAGACUUCCUGAUGAAAAAAUCGACGAUGAGAAAUGUUCAGCAGUGGGUUGUCCGGGCACAGAUCUGACAGACCUCAAUACUUACUUCUCUCAGUACGUGUUGGAAAAGAGUAAUGCCUCCAAUUACUUCAAUGUGUACGUUGCUGGUUUCUCGCUUGCUCCCACGACCUCCAUGCCAAUGGCUAAACCCUCAAACAUGUCGAACAACACUGGACUAGCUAACAAGACCCAGGAGACCACAGAGAACACAGUUUGGUACAGUAACGAGGCGUUUCACACUAUAGCAGAGGCCCUGAGUGCAAUGUCUAACAUUCUGCUGACAGAUCAAAUGGGCGAUUCAUCUUACGGUAUUGAGGUUACAAACCAUCCUCUUCCAAACAGUGUCUCAAACAAGGUCAGUUAAUAAGGUUUGACAUUUAGGUGAUACUACAAAGCACAACGAAGAGCAAGUUUCACUUAAGUGUCGAUACCUGCUUUGGAUUUUUAUAACUACGUUACUACGUUAAGCGAUUGGCUUAUAAAACUCGCGUCACUUUCUCAACUAAUCAGAAGUAAAACCAAAACCAAUUGUGAUUUGCUCACACACGUUUUCCCG